AUGUUUGAACUUGAUAGGGAUUCACACAUACCAAACAAGCAUCUAAAACACCCAGAUAGCAGGCUCGACGGACGAACGAGUUAUUGCGGGCUGGAGAUGAUGGCACUGCUGGGUGUGUGUCGACAGUUUGCUUCUUUGUCUGUAAGAUGUCUUCCAAAAGUAACGCAACACUCGCAAGUCAAGAAUGGGAUGAUGUCAGGUAUAAAGAUGAAUUUUGCAUCUGGAAGUCCUUUCUCACGAAGUCUGUCAACACAGUUAAUUGGCAGCAAUACAAGCAACUGUGUUCGUAGAAUAUGUCAGAAAUACCACCUUCCACAAAUCUCAUUACAGUGCAAUAUGACAUUAGGCCAAUUGCAUAGAAGAGGAAAACCAAAGAAGUUGAAAAAGAAGAAGUAUGGUAUUCUUGGCGGAAAUGCUUAUAAAAGAGGUCUAGUAUUAAAAACCCUUAUCAAAAAGCCGAAGAAACCAAAUUCUGCCUCCAGGAAAUGUGUGAGAGUGAAACUAAGUAAUGGUAUUGAGACUACAGCCUACGUUCCUUAUGAGGGACACAAUCUCCAGGAGCAUACUAUAGUGCUACUGAAAGGAGGCAGACUUCAGGAUGUUCCAGGAGUAAAAUUAUGUUGUGUACGUGGAAAAUAUGAUUUACCGCAUGUCAUCAAAAAGAAAAAAAUGUGAAUGUGUGUGUAAUUUGUAUUGCUAGCUUCAUUUCUUCAAAAUUAAAUUUGUUUUACACUUC